AUGGAACACCUCAGCGGCCCCCAAAUGGCCUCCGAGACUGCCAGCACUGCCAGCGGCGACGGCAGCAAACUCGAGUCCCAGAUGUACCACCAGCUGCGCAAGCUCAUCAACGUGGUGGCAAUUGUGGGGGUGGACUUUCUGCCCAGAGGCGACGGCGUCGUCACCCGCAGGCCGCUGGAGCUGCGGCUGGUGCAUCUUCCCGAGUCUGAGCACUCUCCGGAGGAAGCCUUUGCGGUUUUUGACUCUGCAAAAGACAAGAAGUUUAGAAACUUCGACGAAGUCCGGAGAGAAAUAGAGCGCCUCACGGACGAGGUCGCAGGAAAGAACAAAGGCAUAGUGGACUCGCCCAUAGUCCUCACCGUCUACGCCACCAGGUGCCCCGACUUGUCCUUAAUUGACCUUCCCGGAAUCACUCGAGUGCCCCUCAAAGGCAGCGACCAGUCCGACGACAUCGAGGCCCUCACCAGGCAAAUGGCCCUCAGAUACGCAGCGGACCCGCGGACAAUCAUCUUGGCGGUUUUGCCUGCAAACGCGGGCGUGAAAAACCGCUCGCAGGCGGACAUAAAGGCGGGGAAAAGUGUGCAGCGGUGUCUGGAAGAAGAGCGGCAGUACUUCAAGAGCCACGGGGUGUAUGGACACAUGGGACAGCAGUACUGGGGCAUUCCUUCUUUAGUUGAAAAACUCACAAGAGUUCUUUUUCUCCACAUCAAACAUGUUCUUCCCGAAAUCCGAAAAGAAAUCCAAACCAAGGCCAGGACUGUCCAGACCCGCAUCCAGGAGCUCGGCGAGGGAGUGCCUCUGGAGUCCCGCGACCGCGCGCAGCUGCUGUGGACGGCCAUAACGGAUUUUGUGGAAGUUAUUAAAAGUGCCAUUAGGGGCAAAUACGACAAACGCCUUCAGAAGUACUUCGACCAGGACCAGUGCCUGACCAUUGGUUCGUGCAUCCGGCACGAGUACACGAGCUUGCUAGAGGAGUACUGCGAGCGGAACAUCUCGGAAGACAUAACGGACAGUCAAAUUGAAAAUGCAAUUCGAUUGCAUGAAGGAGAAUCUCUUCCUGGAUUUCCUUCUCCAGACACUUUCGAACACCUCAUUCUCCCCUACCUCAAGAAGCUCUCGCCCCCCGUCAUGGACUGCUUAGAGCGGGUGGCGCAGACGCUGGAGAGUCUUUCGCAGCGCGUGGCGGAAAGAGUGUUUUGUCGCUUUCCAGCCCUCGCUGAAAGAGUUUUGGAAAUUUCUCAAGAAAUUCUUUUGAGAGAAAAAGAAGCAACAAGAGACAUUCUGCAGCACGACGUGGACGCAGAACUCGGAUACCUCUUCACCAACGACGAACGGUAUCUGCAGGACCACGGCACGAUGAUAACGCAGCAGCAGCUGACGCUGGAGCAGCUGCAGCAGCAGCAGCAGCUGCUGCAGCAGCACCAGCAGCUAGGCAUUGGCCCCGACGGCAGGCCGCUGCAGCAGCCCACUCACGCCGAGAGGGCGCAGCAAAUGCUGCAGCAAGUUCAAAACCAAAUGUCAACUUUGUGGGCAAGCAAAGACAAGAAGAGGCCUGUCUACAGCGAGCAAUUCAUCCAGGAGAUCCGCCGGCGGCUGGACGCCUACUUCGGGCUGGUGCUGCACAACGUCAGGGACACAGUGCCAAAGAAGAUUGGCUUUUUCUUGGUUCGGCAGCUGCAGGACAAGUUGCAGUUUGAGCUUUAUAACAAACUGAACGACGAGCAGCUCUUUUCAUCGCUACUGGGGGAGCCCUCGCACAUUGUGGAGGAAAGGCGCGCGCUGACGUCUCAGCUGAACACCUUGAAGAAGGCAGCCGCGGUGCUGCAGCGGGACCCGCAAAUUGCAGCCCUUAACUUUGACACCAUUGACGCCAUGUUUGACUCGGACCUGCGGGAGCUGCAGCGGGCAGCGCCCAAGCAGCAGCAGCAGCAGCUGGGCGUUUCGCUGACUUCGGGAGGCCCGCAGCAGCGGCUGCCCGCGCAGCAGCAGCAGCAAGCGCGCCAGCCACAACAGCAGCAGCAGCAGCAGCAGCAACUUAUGAGGCAGCAACCGGUAACAAGCAGACUUUCUAACGGGCCGCCGCCUCCCCCUGCCCAAGUCCAGGCCGGGGCGGGGCUGCCCCCUAGCAGCAGCAUGAUGCUGUCUUCGCAGCAGCCGCCUGCGCCUGCUGCUCUAGCCCAGGACGGAAGAGGCGCACCCAAUGCACGCCACCUUUUCGAACGUCCAGUGAUGUUUCAGACUGCGUCAAACCCUUUGUUCAACGACUAG